ACCGCAGUAUAGUGGCGCAGGUAGUCGACUGAGGUGUGCCCGAGUAGUCGACGUUCGGUCAUCGCCAGCAGCGACUCUAUUGAAUCGGUAUUUCGCGCGUGUUCGCUCGGCCCGCCACCCCAGCAAGUGGUUCGCCUCAUAGUACUGUAGUUUUUUUUUUGAUUUCAUAUUCGUGAUUUUUCUUCUGCUGUUUGCAUUUUCAACCAAUGAAAACACGGAUGCGAGAUUCACACUCGUACACUCAUCGCAGGGAUUAAUAAUCUAUAAUACUAUUUAAAACCGCUGCAGGUUAUGAGUAUUGAGCAUGGAUAGCGGUAACGAGACCCUUUUCUCGGAGGACUCAUCGCCCGACUCGGCGCCACCGCCGUCGCCUAGCAGUGGUCGAGGGAGCCAACAGCCCACACCAGCACCCACCCCGCCGCACAUCACUUCUUCCUUAUCCAAGGGAAACAGUGUUAUUCGUCCAGUGGCCUUCAAGCCGGGUUCAAUGAGAUUCACCGACAACGGCGAAAGAUAUGGCUCCACACCUAUCCUGGCUAGAUCCUCGCACAGACAUCUGUACGGCAGUACCAAUGAACUGCACCAUCAAUCUAAGAAACCAAAUAUGAUAUCUUCUGGCACUUUAGAUCGAAAACUUCGUUCAGCAUCUCCAAUGGUGAUGUCGUCGUUACCGGCUCAAACCAGUUGCAAAUUUCGGCUGGGGCAGCAAGACGAUUUCAAAUCAUCCUCUUCAUACAGUUCCUAUAGAGAUUAUCGACCUAGCUCGAAGUCAUUUGCGAGGCUCAGUAAACGGUGCUCGGCGUCCGAAGGGUCAGCCAGUCUGUUGGACUUGACCCCUUCGCCAUCCGAAUCUACAAUGUUAUCCGAAAUGGAAACAGUGUUGAGAGAUAGGGAUCGUGAAUUGAGGCAUCUGAGGCAAACGAUGGAGCACAACGAACAAGUGAUCUUCAGAGUUUACCAAGAAAAAGAAAACGCGUGGGACAGAGAAAUGCGGAGGAUUAAAGCAAUGGGCGAUAAUCGUCUUAAGACAGCUGCGCAAAAGUCACUGAAGUUGGAACAAAUGCUUAUGAUGCAGACGUACAAGUUGCAGGACGAAAAAAAGAGAUUACAAGAAGAAAAUGAACGUUUGGAGUCCGAGGCGACAGAUUUGAAAAAAGAAGUUGACGAAUUGAAGGUGAGACUCGAGGAAACUGAAUGGGGACUGUGUCAGAAAUCCGGAGAACUUUCACACGUAAAAUCACAAUUGAAAGAUACUCAAAACGAACUUACGACAAAGGGCCAUGAAGUGAUCGCGUUAAAAUCGGAAAUCCGAGACCUGUUACAAAAGCUUGAAUCAAAAGAACGHCGCAUCGACGAGAUUGAAGGGAGACGUCCGGAAAGACGUGACAGCGGCAAUGGUGGUGACGGAAAUUGCUGCGAUGACCAAUUGGCGGCAGACAAACUAUGCUCUCUCGUCGGACGCCUCAACGAACAAGUAGAAAACGAGUUGAACAAAUCAAACAAAUUAUUAUCCGGAUGCUACAGUACCGAAGACUUGCAUUCAUUGUUGCCGAAGAAGGACACGGAGACGGAUACGCCACUGGAGAGAUUCAGGGAACUGGAACGGCACACGGCCAAAUUGAUCCGGGUGCUGAACGAGGAACGUAAGAACUGGGAUCAGGAGAGGCUGAAGUGGUUCCAGGAGAAAGAGAAAGUGUUGUGUUACCAAAGGCAGCUCCAGAUGAACUACGUGCAAAUGUUCAGGAGGACGCAGGCGUUUGAGGCACAGAUUGAGAACCUCACGGUCCAAAUGAACGUGUGUUCGGACCACUGCACCAGCGGCAAGAACGCCGCUAGAAAAACAGGCGCCACCACAGUGAAGACCAUAAACGCCAUUAAACUAUAGGAAGAUUUGUUUUUAUUGAAAGCCCGUCGUGUGGGAAGUUACAUUAUAUUGUUGUGUGGAGUUUUUACCAUUUAUUAUUAUUUCUUAUUAUGUUUAUAUUUUAUUGUCUUUUAUAUUUUCGACAUUAUAUGUCAUAUUGGUACCUAGUUAUGAUUUUCUGUAUAGUAGCAAUAUGUAUUGUGAAUACUUAUUCGAUAAGCUACAUCAAUCAUUUUGUGUAAUUAAAAGUACAAGUUUUAACAGGAUAAGUACUUUUUAUGAUUUACUUUUUUAUAAGUAAUUAAAAAUACUGUACUGUUA